AUGCCUCGACGAUCUUCCCGGGCCGCUCCCGCCGCGCAAGCGCCAGAAGCGGCGCCAAAGCGACGCGCUUCAACCAGGCUAUCCACUUCGGAGGCGGAGGUUAAGAGGGUCAGGUCCAACAUCGACUUACCUAGCAGUCAGGUCAAAACCACGGCUAAGAAGAGCAAGUACUUUGAAUCCGAGGGCUCUGCUGAAUCCGAAGGACCGGCCAGCGACACCGAUGAGGACGAAGGCGAGGACGACUCCGCGUAUGAGGAGAAGGAUGUCGAUUCAGAGUCAGACGACCACGAGCCCUCCGAUCAGGAUGAUGAACCCGACAGCGAGGAGGAGACGAAGAGUGCGCGGGCCAAAGGGGGCAAGCCAGGGAAAGACAGGGUAUCUGAUAUCGCAUCCUUGAAGGGCAAGGAGCUCUGGCGCGAGGGUGUUCGCACAGGCUUGGCUCCAGGGCAAGAGGUUAUUAUCCCCAAACCCAAGGCGCGCGACCCCGGUGAUGUACCGUACGAGGAUGAGACGCUGCACCCAAACACCCGGCUGUUCCUACUGGACCUGGCCAAGAACAAUGAGAGAGAAUGGCUCAAAGGGCAUGACCCGGAUUACCGCGCGUCGAAGAAGGAUUUCGAAACAUUUGUCGAAGCCCUAACCGGCAAGGUCACCGAACAAGACAGUACUGUCCCCGAGUUGCCCGCGAAGGACCUGGUAAGCCCAACAUACCACGGACGAAUCCUUGACACCGACAAGGCACUGACCAAGAACCAGGUUUUUCGGAUUCACCGCGAUGUCCGCUUUAGCAAGAAUCCUCUUCCGUACAAGAUUCAUUUCUCAGCUGCGUGGUCCCGGACUGGCAAAAAGGGUCCGUAUGCCGCGUAUUAUGUGCACUUCCAACCUGGUUCGUGUUUUGUAGGUUGCGGGCUCUGGCAACCCGAGGCCGAACCACUCAGGUUGCUUCGAGAGGACAUCGAUGCGUACGCGGAUCAAUGGAAGGAGGUUCUCCGGGCGCCAGAGAUGCGCCGGGAGUUCCUUGGAGGAGCGGCAGACGAUGAUGAGGCAGUGGUGAAGGCGUUUGCCCAUCAUAAUCGAGAAUCUGCACUGAAAACCAAGCCUAAGGGUUAUGAUGCCGACCAUCCCAAUAUCCAAUUGCUUCGUCUACGCAGUUUCACUCUAGGUCGUCCUAUCUCUGAUGCAGACAUGAUGGCUGCGGAUGCACAACACCGGAUCGCCGCCCUAGUUGGCGUGAUGGAGCCCUUCGUGACGUAUCUCAACAGCGUCGUGAUGCCCGAUUCGUAA